UAUGAAGAUGGCUUUGUGACUCUUGGAGACAGUACCAUCCGAGAUGUAUACGCUAUGGGGGAUAAAGUCGCUGCAUUCCCCGCAGUCGUCCCAUGGUUGUCAUUGAUGUCUAGCUCAGCUUCAGGUGGAUUAGGCAACGUUUAUUACAGACUGACCACAGAUGCCACACAGCUGGAGAACAUCGCAACGUUGGCCAGGAGAUUCUCCCAGUUCUCUGACAACUUCCUGCCGAGCUACGCGCUAGUGGUCACCUGGGACAAAGUGGGCGGUAUUAACGUUGGGGAUAACAAGAAUAAGGUCAACACAUUUCAAAUGGUGCUCGCCACGGACGGAACUUUUACCCUAGCAACGUUUCAGUACCUGGAUAUACAGUGGCUGUUCGACGAUGGUUACACGGCGUACUACGAUGAUUACGACGGCAACGACGCUACUCUCAGACUACAGAUUGGCUUCUACAAGGGAGGUGGUGCUGCAGGAUUCCUGCUACCCCAGUCAUUUUCGUGGACUUUGUGGAGCAUCGUCAAUGAUACGGACGUUGGUACGCCAGGCCUCUACGUAUUCAGGGUGGAUACGGAGGCAACUAAUGUCACGCUGAAGACUUCAACAACAUCAGCUGAUCUGACAUCAACACAAACAUCCACAGAGACAUCAACACAAAUAUCCACAGACCAGACAUCCACAACAACAUUAACGUCAACAUCGAUACCAACAUCAGCAGAGACAUCAACACAAACAUCCACAGAGGCAUCAACACAAACAUCCACAGACCAGACAUCCACAACAACAUUAACGUCAACAUCGACACCAACAUCAACAGAGACAUCAACACCAACAUCCACAGACCUGACAUCCACAACAACAUUAACGUCAACAUCAACACCGGCAUCAACAUCAACAGACCAAACAACAACAUCAAUACCAACAUCAACACUAGCUUCAACAGACCAAUCAACCACAACAACAGCAACAUCAACACCAUCAUCAACAUCAACAUCCACAGACCAAACAACAACAACAUCAAUACCAACAUCAACACCAACAUCCGAUAACAACCCAGUGAUGAACAAUACAUCAGCCACAUCAUCCCAAAGUAUAGGCCCAGACAGUAGAACCAAUGUCAUUGUGGGCGUGACAGUUUCUCUUGGUCUGCUUGUCAUUCUGUGUGUUGUCAUCUUCGUCAGCAUCAAGUGGAUCUAUCGUGGGAAGGCUAGAAAUCACAGCGUGAAGGUGCAACCUAUGAUGGAGUAGGCACGCCCUUAUGUAACCAGCCAGCCAAGACUCGCAAGGAUCUGAGGAACUUCCUGGACGUCCGUUCAAUGAAAGCGUGUUGAAAGAGAAUCAAAAGACUGCGUGCGGCCGUCCUUUUCUGACCAAAUGUUUAUUUCAAUUCGUUUUGAGAAUUGUUGACUAAGUUUGAUUUACGAACAGUAUUAAAACCAUGAAUAUUUUAUAUUUCAGUCAUGUUAACUUAUGUUGUCAUAAUUUUAA